AUGACAAACUUCAAGAAAGCUCUGUGCUGGGAGCUCCAUAUAUCAAGGUUUUCCUUCUAUUAUCACGAAUGGAGAGCAUUUUAUUACACUCCUUGGCUACCACAGAAAAUUUCUUUCCAAUGGAUAUACCUUCUCUACAAGUGGCUCUUGACUAUUUUCUUUAGUUUUUACGUUUUUUUCUCUUUCGGAAGGUCUGAAGAGUAUUUCUUCAUCUACCUGACAUAUUGGGGUGUGCUAGUAUUAGCAGUCUACCUUUUAUUCAGCAGCAUUAUCAUCACUAUCCACUACAUGAAGCCCUGCUUCUGCAAGAAAUACAAAACAAGUGAAGAAGACCCUUUUGUAUUCUACAAACUUCCUGAAAGGCCUCAAGGUUGCUGCGGACUGAUGCACAAUACCCUAAAAUGGUAUAAUUACAUCCAGUGGCUUCUCUUUACAAUAUCAAGUGGCCUGGCAGUGGGCAUAACAAUCCUGUACUGGGCUUUCAUUCACACGUCAAAGACAGAUCACUGGGACAUUGCCCUCCACCUUCUCAACGGCGUAGCAGCAAUUCUCGAGGUCUGGGUAACCAGAAUACCUGUUAGGAUCUAUCAUGCUGCAUACAUUGUUUCUGUUUCAGCUUUUUAUGUCCUUUUCACUGCUGUAUACUAUGGCUCUGGUGGUGGAAAUGGCGUCAAUAAUGCAUCUUAUAUCUAUACUCCCCUUGACUAUGAGAGUGCUCCAGCCAGUGCUGCAGUAUUUGCCAUCUCUAUUGUAUUGAUAUUCUGCCCGACAGUCCAUUUGUUCAUUUAUGCUAAUUAUUUGCUGAGAGAAUGCAUGCUUCGUUUUGUUGCAAAGAAGUGUAAAUGGAUUGUGUCUCAUUAA